UAGCUCUAGCCCCAACCCCAAAGGCUCUCUCCUCAUAACUCAUCGAGUCAUUUCCCUCUUUCCGAAACCCCAACCAUGACGAUCGCAUCUCUUCAUCGUCUCUCUACCCACCUCCGCCGCACCACCACCACAAUUUCACCCACUUUCUCUCUCCUCACUCGCACCACCACCACCACCACUGCCGCCGCCGCAACUGGCGGCUCAAAGAAAGUCUCGGAUCGAAUCGUAAAACUCUUCGCAAUCGAUUUCGAAGGCAAGAAGCGCGAAAUCGUCGGUCUUUCAGGACAAACCCUUCUCAAAGCCCUAACUAAUCACGGCCUAAUUGAUCCCGCUUCUCACCGAUUAGAGGAGAUCGAGGCUUGUUCUGCUGAGUGCGAGGUUCACAUUGCGCACGAAUGGCUCCAGAAGCUUCCUAAAGCUACCUACGAUGAAGAGUAUGUGCUUAGGAGGAAUCAACGUAACCGUGUUCUUAACCAACAUUCUAGGUUGGGGUGUCAGCUUGUGCUGUCUCAUGAACAUCAAGGUAUGGUUGUUGCUCUUCCUGAACCUAAGCCUUGGGAUAUCCCCUAAUUUUGUUUUGUUUUUAGGGGUUUCGAGUUCGGAAUUGUGAAACUUUCUUUGUUUUUGUUUUAUUAAUAAUAAGGAUUUGAUACAAUUGUGGUAUGAUAAUUUGGAUCAUUGUUAUGAUGCGGACGAGGAAAUUGUAAUUUGUUGUUGACAAAAUGUGAAAGAAUUUUGUUGCAAGUUGUGAUUUUCACUUGCUAGAUGUUGGAUUGCUGAACUUUGAAAUUUCUAAAGGAUGUGUUACAUUUGGACAAAGUA